AUGACAAUUUUUGUUGAUAACAUAAAUUUCUCCCUUCGUAUGUCUUUAACAAUUCUAAGGAUUGUUGGGUUUUGGGCGCCGCGGGAUUUGACGAGAGACGCCACAGUAUGGUACAACAUCUAUGGUAUUUUCAGUUUCAUGUUUAUUUUGGGCACAUACAUCAUAAUCCAAGUUGUGGACAUGUGCUUGAUUUGGGGAAACCUGCCUCUAAUGACUGGCACCGCUUUCCUAUUGUUCACGAAUUUGGCACAUGCGAUCAAGAUCGUCAAUUUGGUCACCAGGAGGCGGAAGAUUCGGAGGAUAAUCGAUGAUGCUGAUCUACUUUUGAGGAGCGAGAGUUCUGGCGAGGGAAAAGAGAUUGUAAAGCAGUGCAACCGUGAGACAGCUUUGCAGCUAAUUCUCUACAUCUUCCUCACUCUGGUGACAAUGAUCGGGUGGGCGACAAGCGCCGAGAAGAACAAGCUCCCUCUACGUGCUUGGUAUCCCUACGACACAAGCAAAUCGCCGGCUUAUGAGCUGACGUAUUUACAUCAAGUUUUUGCGCUGUUCGUCGCAGCCAACCUUAACGUGAGCAAGGACACCCUGGUCACGACUCUGAUAGCACAAUGCAGAUGCCGGCUACGCUUGCUGGGUCUAGCGCUGAGGACUAUGUGCCAUGAUAUGGACAUGCCUGAAAAUCAUCUUCUAACUGAACAUCAGCAGGCGAUAGUAAAGGCUCGACUUCGUAAAUGCGUGGCGCGCCACCAGGCGGCACUGCACGCUGCGGUUCAGGUGCAAGCGUGUUUCUCGGAGCCAACCUUCGCGCAGUUUACGGUGUCACUGGUCAUCAUAUGCGUAACUGCCUUUCAGCUUGUUUCUCAAACUGGCAACCUGGUCCGUUUAUUAUCAAUGGGCACCUAUCUGCUGAACAUGACCUUUCAAGUAUUUCUAUAUUGCUACCAAGGGAAUCAACUGUCCGAAGAGAGUUCUGCGGUAGCUGCAGCGGCGUACGACUGUCCAUGGUAUAUGUGUGGAGUGCCGCUGCGGCGAUCUUUUUUGGUGCUGAUGGUACGCUGUCGUCGCGUUGCCCGUCUCACCGCUGGCGGGUUCACCACUCUGUCGCUCGCCUCCUUCAUGGCUAUAAUCAAAGCGUCGUACUCUCUGUUCACGUUACUGCAGCAAGUCGAGGAAAAGAAGUAA